AUGGUGCCUGUAUCAAGAGAGGAGAUUAUAAAGGUGGUUCAAGAAUUACCAAGUGACAAAGCUCCAGGAAUAGAUGGAUAUCCAGCAGAGUUCUUUAAAGAAAACUGGCAAGUAAUUGGUAAAGAUGUCAUAAAGGCAGUAAUGGAAUUCUUUGAUACAGGAAAGCUGCUUAAAGAAAUAAAUUGUACUACUAUCACACUCAUUCCUAAGGUGGUAAAUCCUAACUUUGUAAAGGAGUUCAGACCUAUUGCAUGCUGCUCGACCAUGUACAAGAUCAUUGCUAAGCUGCUCACUAACAGACUAAAGUUGGAUUCUAAUGCUGGAAUGGGUAUCCCAUACAAAAUGGUCAACCUUAUUAUGGAGUGUGUAAGUACAGUCUCUUAUUCACUUCUGAUUAAUGGAGGUUUGACACCAAAGUUUUCGGCAAAGAAGGGGCUAAGACAAGGUCAUCCAAUGUCACCUUAUCUAUUUGUUUUGGUGAUGGAGUACUUGAACAGGGCUCUGAAGCAAUUGAAUUCAAAUCCAGAUUUCAACUAUCAUCCCAAUUGUGCAAAACUAGGAGUAAUUCAUAUCUGUUUUGCUGAUGAUUUACUAAUGUGUUGUAGAGCGGACAGGGUAUCUAUUGAAUUGAUGAUGAAACAAUUUGAGAAAUUCUCGACUGUAUCUGGUUUACAAGCAAAUAUGGAGAAGAGCUCACUCUAUGUGGCAGGAAUAUCUACACAGUAUAGAGAAGAAAUUCUGAAGAAAGAAGCUGACCAUUGGAGAAAUACCAUUCAAAUACUUUGGGGUUCCAUUGUCCUCAAAGAAGCUCAACAUCAACCAAUGUAUGCCACUGGUGGAUAG